AUAAAUAUUACACCCCACCAACAGGUUACCAUGACGGCUACUUUUCAUGCUAAAUCGCUUGCUCACUUGUUGAACUAUGGCAGAUGACAAGGCCAUCGAGCCAUCUCCCAUUGGGGCUGAUGAACCAGAUUCUUCUGACAACUCGGUCAAAAAUACCCAUUCCGAUGUAAACGACAUAUCAAAGCAUGACCAUCAUGUUCACAAAGACGGGGCAGAUGCUGCCCUUGACUUGUUGAAUGAAACGGGAGGAAUCAGUCAACCUUUCGAUGCCAAAGCCAGCAAACGACUCAUCCGCCGCAUCGAUACUCACAUCAUGCCUCUCAUUUGUACCGUCUACUUCUUACAGUACAUCGACAAGACUGCAGUUUCUUACGCAAGUGUUACCGGCAUCCAACAAUCAACUGGUCUCAAGGGGAAUGAGUUCAACUGGGUCGCUUCGAUUUUCUUCUUCGGCCAACUCGGCUUUCAGUUCCCUACUGUUCGUCUUCUUCAAGUUUUCCCUCUUGCCAAGUACGUGUCAGUCAACGUUACACUAUGGGGUGUGACUCUCGCUUGUAUGGCUGCAUGCCAUAAUUUCAGCGGUCUCCUGGCUUGUCGAUUCUUUUUGGGUGCCUUGGAAGCUGCUAUUGUUCCAGCGUGGGUCCUUUUCACAUCCCAAUGGUACACUAAAGAAGAGCAAGCUUUUCGAGUCGGUAUCUGGUUCUCAGUCUGCGGUGCGGCUCAGAUGUUUGGUGGAUAUUUUGCUUACGGUGUUGCAACGCAUGUUGGCAAAGAUCCAGAUGCUGCCUUGAAAGGAUGGCAAGUUAUCUUUCUCGUUCUUGGUCUUCUCACUGUUGUGGUCGGAAUCAGUUUCUGGUUCAUCAUGCCAGAUUCUCCUGCCGUUGCUGGGUUCCUGGCCAAAGAGAAGAAAGCCAUGCAUCUUGAGCGUAUUCGAGGAAAUGUGCAGGGCAUUGGUACGCAGACGUUCAAGUGGGCUCAUGUCAAGGAGGCUUUGACUGAUAGCAUGACUUGGCUAUAUGCCUUCUGGGUCUUUGCUGCAAACAUUCCAAACUCUAUUGCUACCAGCUUCGGAAAUAUUCUUGUCAAAGGUAUGGGAUAUACCAACGAGGAGUCUCUGUUACUGGUCACUCCCCUCGGAGCUUGGGAGAUAGUCUUCCUAAUCGGCCUGACUUACGGAGCUAUGAAGACAAGACAACGGUUGUUCUUUUGCAUAGCUGGUCACAUUCCUGCCAUCAUCGGAGCCAUCUUGAUGGCAACCACAGAAAAGGUUCCCGCCCUCAUUGGAUAUUACACAACUGGAGGCAUUCCCAUUGGCUGGACUACUAUUCUCGGACUACAAAGCUCAAACGUGGCUGGCUCUACCAAGAAAAUCACCGUCUCAUGUAUCGGAACUAUCGCAUAUACUGUUGGAAACAUCAUCUCACCUCACACAUUUCAAGCUCGUGAUGGGCCACGAUAUCUUCCCGCCAAGAUCUCCAUCUGCAUCAUUUACUUCCUUUGCACUAUUGACUUGCUAGUCAUGAGAUGGGUCUUUGAUCGAAGGAACAAGAAGAGAGAUGCUGAGAAGGCUGCGCUAGGCGAUCAGUACAGAGUCGAGGAGAACCACGAGUUUCUGGAUCUGACGGAUCUGGAGAACAAAGAGUUCCGCUACGAGCUGUAGAAUAAUGCUACCAAAAUCAGAAACUUUUGGACAAGACUUUAUGAGUCUACCUCUAAUGUAAUUCUCAUGUAGCUCGAAUGCAACGAGACAUUAUGUAGUCUAUUCAUUAGCAUAACAUAAAAGUAAGGGGACCAUGCUAUCAUAUCCUGCAGCCUAUGGACUUAAGUAAGUCGAGUUGCAGGGCUAUCUCCAGCAAUUUCAUGACUUGGCUUUGCCUGAACGUUGGACAAUCUUGCUACUGGCAUUUUUAAUUCUGUUGAUCCUUUUGAGACUACUUUUAGGCAUAUCUACUGUGGAAUCUUGUGCUCACUUGCAGGCACGCCAGCAGCCCACCUAUACUUUGAAGCAGCAUGCUCAUCAAGAGGAUACUUCUGUCCAGGAAGUCCAUAGAAGUUCUCUCGGUAGCUGCCACCAGGUACUGCGUAAUCGUCCCAGAAGAGACCCCUUGAUCGAAGUUCAGGGAGCAGCAGUUCGAUGAUAUCUUUGAAGGUACCCGGGAAAAGAACAUAUCCCUCCUCAUAGUUAGUAAGGCCCCAUGAUUAGAGGUUUAUGAACUUACAAAGUUGAACCCAUCGACGUCUGCCUCAUCAAUCCAGACUUGCAGGCUGUCGGCUACCUGGGAGGGUGUACCAACGAAUAGAGGUCCAUUGCCUCCGAGGCUGACAUGCUCGGCGACAGUAUGCUUCGUCCACUUUGAGUUUGCGGGUGAGAACUUGGCAUAGCCUUCUACAGUUGAUCUGAAGAACCAUAUGAGUUGAGGCACUUUGGGAUUAUGAGGACGAAACUUACCUGACAGCGUUACUCUCAACCUGUCGAAGCUCCUCAUCAUCACCGUACUGGUUCAAGUCCAUACCAGUCCAUCCGCCGAACAACGACAGAGCGCCUUCAGUCGAAGCAUACUUCUUCGCUUCGUUAUACUUAGCCAGAGCUUCCUCCUCAGUCUUGCCAAGAAUGGGGGUGACAAGAGCGAGGACCUUGAUGUUGUUUGGAUCUCGGCCAAACUGUUCCUUCGCAACUUGUCGGAUAUCUGCAAUGUUCUUCUUACACACUGCAGGUGCAUGCGCAGAAGUAAAGAUGGCCUCAGCAUGCUGAGCUGCAAAUGCUUUACCUGGCUUGCUGGCUCCUGCUUGAAGAAGCAGAGGUGUUCGCUGCGGGCUGGGGUCCACGACGUGAGGACCGGGAACGUUGAAGUAUUUGCCGUUAUGGUCGAUUUGACGAACAAGGGCGGGAUCCGUGUAGAUACCUCGCUCACGGUCUAGCUUGACAGCGUCGUCACGCCAGGAUGAGUUAAAGAGCUUGUACAUGACUUCCAUGUAUUCUUCGGCCUGGGCGUAGCGUUCAUCGUGCUGACUAUCAUCAGAAGCUGGAUGACUAAUUCGAGGAGAUCACUUACAGCGAGUUGAACUGGAUGGCCAAGGUUGCGAGCGGCUGAGUCUAGGUAACCAGUAACAAUCUGUAAAUCUUAUUAGUGGUGACCGUGAAACGAGACUCGACGUUCUUACGUUCCAGCCCAAACUGUUGAGAGAGUUAGCUUGAUUUCACAGUGUAUUAAAGGAGACUUGCCGGCCCUUGGUGAGGUGAUCGACUGUAGAUAACCGUCGAGCCAGAUGAUAUGGCUGCUCAUAAGUAACAGAAACAGUGGCACCAAAUCCAAUAUUUUUCGUCGCAGCAGCCAUGGCAGGAAUAACGGCCAAUGGCUCUGUGAGAGGCCAUUGAGCUCCAGAGAUGAUAGCAGGUUCCAAGGACUUCUUGUAAACAUCGUAGCCUCCUAUCUCAGUUGUCAGAACUCUGAAAGCUACCCCUCAUAACCCAAGUCACUUACCCAGCACAUCAGCGAUAAAGAUGCCAUGGAAUUUGGCGUCUUCUAGCAACUUGGCUAGUUCAACCCAGUGCUCAGUGUCCUUGAAUCUCCAAGACUCAUCCUCAGGGUGUCUCCAUAAUCCUGGGGAUUGAUGACCACUGCCUAAAGUCUUAUCAGUAUAUGUUAUAUGACUGGGAUGAGGGGCACUUACACAUCAUGACAAAGGCAUUGACGAUAAGGCUUUUCUUCUUGCCCUGCUGGGCCGUUUGAUCUUGGGAAGCCAUGACGUUGACUGUAGAAAAUGGAAGUGAUCUGAUUGGAUUAUGCCUGACUUCGUUGUUUAGGUGGUGAUGUACUUGUCCCCAGCUUAUUCUUCUUUUAAGACACUCCGGAUAUCGGUGCCGAUACAGGACUUCCAGACGACUAUUGCGUGAUUGUUAGGCUCAUGACUGAAUAUGCAAGUGAUAGCUCUAGACAGGGUAUUCUUAGGCUAUAGAUAUGAGACCUUGGCGUGUAGGAGUGUUUUGGUGGUCUAACCGAUGGCGCAAUCAUCACUGAGUCUUGCUCAUAUGAAAUGCCGAUCAACCCCUCAAUUUCGAUACGAUAAACUCGGGGAACUUCCACAAAUGGCUCGGAAGUUUCAUGUCAAGAUACCGAGUUGUCGGGAGUGGCAUAUCACGCCCACGUGGGCUACACACGUUGAAGGUUGCAGAGGCGCAGAGUCUGUGCUCUUCUGAGACAUCAAAUAUUCUAGAAGGAGUUGAUCAUGAGAUUCUCAUUUUACGGUUCAGGACCUUGAAAUGGUGAUUCGGGGCUUGAUGUCGCUUGAUUUUUAUCAUCUAUCAACAAACAUAACAAAGAUGCACAGCUUCAACAACUUUCAUAUAAAUAUUCUAGAUUUAAUAUCUAUAAAAUCUCUAAGUUCACGACG